GAUCCUACCAACAAAGUGUUAUUAUUUCUUCAGGACGAAGUAGCAAAGUCUAGGAAUGAGACUUUAUUAUUACAAUCAGAAGUUGAUGAGUGGAAGAGUCUAGCAAAUUCUGAGAGAGAAAAAUUUCAAAGCCUCAAAAGACAAUCAAACUACCAGUGGCUUGUGUUGAAGAAGGAAAAAGAAUCAAUAUCAGAUGCUGAAAAGAAAGCUUACCAAGUGAUUCAUAGUUUAUAUAAAAGGCUAAACCACUUGCAGAAUGCAGUGCAAGAAAGCAAUGCAGAGAAGAGAAAGCUACAAGAACAUGUACAAUGUUUAGAGAGUGAAUGUGCUGACUUGAAGAAAGUACUGCAAGAAGAGCAUAGACGUGCUCAACGUCUUACGGUGGAAUCUGGCAAGAAUCAUGAAGCUGCAAAAAUAGCCAUGAAAGAAGUUGAAGCAGUAAGACAGGAGAUAAAAGAAGAGAGAGAGCAUUCCCAACAUCUUAAGGAGAAUUUUCGUAGAGAUCUUGUAUUUGCUGAAUCUAGAGCUGCAAUUGCUGAGGAAAAACUCACUGAUCUUUAUAGGAAAAUCAGAACGUCAGAUUAUAAGAUUUGUUCUGUAUGCCUCUCCAAUGACAAAGACUUGGCCUUUGGAUGUGGACACAUGACUUGCAGAGACUGUGGAUCAAAAUUAUCAAGGUGUCCUAUAUGCCGGGAGCAGAUCACAAACUAUAUCAAGCUGUUUCCUGGUUGACAAAGUUUGGAUGCUCAUAUAGUAUUUUCUCUGUGCUCCAAAUAUAUUCUGUAUAUAUAAUAAUCCUGUAACAGGUUUUCACCUGUUACAUCUCUUUCACACCUUGUCUUAUGGUUCUUCAUGUACAGUCAGUUUACUCAUACCCUGCUAUUACAUAUUUUAAUGUACAACUACAAAGUUUGUUGACUAGAAUUGUGAGGUACAACACCACAUGCCAUUGGAAAAUAGCAGACAGAAGUAAUCUAAGCCUCUCAGACAUGGCUCAUGCAGUGUUAUAUUGUGUCAAAUGGAAGAUGUGCUUCACAACCUUGGACCAGUUGUACUCAUCUAGUUCCUCAUGUCUUCUUUUAUCCCAGACAAAAAGGAACAUGUAUAUAAUGAUAUUUUCAACUGACCCUUGAAUAUAGAAAGUGAAAACAUCUGGUUGUCUUGAA